AUGUUGAAACAUGCUCUAUUAAGAAGUAAGCAGAACGGAAGGCUGGACACCCUCACACAUACUUUGUUGAAGCACGGAGAAGACAGGAACCUUCAGCUUAUUGCCUCGAGUGUGCGAGAUGCAUCCGACGUCUCAGGACGUCGCAGACGGAAUAUGCUGCGCCAUAAGAAUGCGUUGUCAAGCUAUGCACAGAAACCGGAUGCUAUCGUGAAAGAAGGUGAUAAUCGUUGGAAAGUAUUCUGUGGAACUCGGACGGAUGUCAGCUAUGAAGUAGUUAUAGGCUCUCCCUGCGACUGCGAUAACAAGUUGAACUCCCACUGCCAGAGAUGCGGCAUAUGCGCAUACCAGGUAAGUUGUAACUGCCAUGAGGCCUAUCAAGCAGGUGUGUCGUGCAUCCACGCUCAUGCAGUCGCUACAUUUGUUGAAGAAGCUCGCCUUUUACUUGGAUCUGCGAACAGCCAACCAGGGCCCUUAUACAGCGUGAUGGAAGAUGUUGGAACGUCAGCUGAAAUGUAUGUAGAAAGCAAUGUCCCGCGCGAUGGUUCCCCAACCCGGACAGCACCCGACAUUAGCGCACCACCAGAAGACGUACUGGCGCAAGAUAGAACUAAGGAGGCAUAUCAGUUUAGCGAAGGAGUAAGUUGA